UCCUCCAGGCAGCCUCGCAGUGGGGACCUGAGCCUGGCAGGUGCCGCGGACUCCUCGGUCCGCCCACCGCCGCUGCCAGUGUUAGCGUCUGGAGGAGCCGAACGAAGAAGAACAAGGGACCUAAGGGGAGCUGGGCCCGUGGAGGUGAGAGCCCUGCGGUGGAAGACAGGUAAUGAACCAAAAAGAUCAUGUCUGAAGUACAAGGAACAGUUGAGUUUUCUGUAGAGCUACAUAAAUUCUAUAAUGUGGAUCUCUUUCAGAGAGGGUAUUACCAGAUCCGAGUAACCUUGAAGGUGUCCUCAAGGAUCCCCCACAGACUGAGCGCUUCCGUCGUCGGGCAGUCAGAGAACAGCAGCCUGCAUUCAGCCUGUGUCCAUGAGAGCACCUUGCACAGCCGGGUCUUCCAGAUCCUAUACAGGAAUGAAGAGGUUCCCAUCAAUGAUGCUGUGAUAUUCCGAGCUCAGUUGCUCCUUGAUGGUGAAAGGGUGGAAGAUGCCCUGAGCGAGGUGGAGUUCCAGCUCAAGGUGGAUCUGCACUUUACAGACAGUGAACAGCAGUUGAGGGCUGUGACCGGGACACCGACGAUCAGUAGUCGCACCCUUGGCCCUGCACUUCCACCCCGGAGGGGUCUGCACCACCAGGUCCCUGUCAUGUUUGACUACUUCCACCUGUCAGUGAUUUCGAUGGCCGUCCACGCUGCCCUGGUGGCACUGCAGCAGCCCCUGAUUAGUUUUGCACGUCAUGAAGAGGGCUCCUGGCUUGGUAAAGGUGGCCCAGACACAGGACCAGAACAGCCCCUAAUUUCUCUGGAAAACUUGGUCUUUGGAGCUGGAUAUUGCAAGCCAACUUCCUCAGAGGGAAGCUUCUACGCCCCCUCCGAGACCUGCAUACAGCACGCACACAAGUGGCACCGGGACCUGUGUCUGCUUCUGCUACAUGCCUACCGGGGACUCCGCCUCUACUUCCUGGUUGUCACGAGAGACAUCCCAGAGCUGCCGCACGUGGAACUGGAGGCCCUGGCUGUGGAAGAAACCCUUUCUCAGCUCUGCUCAGAGCUACAGCUUCUGAACAGCCCAGAGAAGAUAGCUGAGCAGAUCAGCAAGGACCUAGCCUGGCUGGCCUCACACCUGAUGGCUCUGUGGACCCAAUUCCUAGACACGGUGACUCUGCAUACCCAAGUGACCGCUUAUCUCACCCAGGAGCAUCACACCUUGAGGGUCCGAAGGUUUUCCGAAGCCUUCUUUUAUAUGGAGCACCAAAAACUUGCGGUUCUGACUUUCCAGGAAAACCUGAUUCAGAUGCACACCCAGCUGUCUCAGGACAUCCGCAAUUCAGAGUACCUCACCAGCAUGCCCCCGCUGCCCGCAGAGUGCCUGGACAUCGACGGUGACUGGAACACCCUGCCCGUUAUCUUUGAGGACAGAUACGUGGACUGCCCUGACACAGGACCUAAUUUGACUGUUUAUUCUAAUUUUGAUGUUCCAGUGACAAAUUCUGCAAUAAUGAAUAUAAAAGAAAAAGAAAAGAACAGGACUGUAUGUCAAAAAUCAUGUUUGCAGGAAGACUUUGUCUUAGCUACUCAGAAACCACCACAGGUGGGCUCUGAUGAAGAGGUUAUUAGGUGUCCAGAGCCAGAUGAGAAUGUCACCACACAGCACCAUGCCAAUGUGUGCUCAGAAUCUCAGGUGUAUCUGACCAUUGGUGAAUUCCAAAACAAAGCAGGCAUGCUUGAAGAUGAAUGCUGGACUGGCCCCAGGUCUGACACUGGAAUAGACUCACUGGCCAAUGUGGACAUGCCAAGAAGAAGUCCAGGCCCAGAGGAUGGACUGGCUCCAGCACUGACCUAUAUUGAUGUGAAAUCUAGCAAUAAAAUCACCUCUGGAGAUGAAACCACACAGGGCUUCCAUGUUCUAAAUGAGCAAAGGAGUUCAAGAGACAUGUAUGACCUUGACAAGGCUGAGCCAAGCAAAGUGGUAGCAGGAAUAAGCCAGCAAAGUGCCAGCUAUUCAGACCAAAGAGCUGCCCCUGAGCUCAGAACUGCAGGGAAGGGAAUAGACCGGGAGGGGAAGCAAGUGCUGCUGAGCCUGAAGCUACCUCCUGUAGAUCUUUGUGUCCCACUGAGCACCACCCUGAGGGAGUCCUUGGAUACCAGGCCUUCCCUACAGGACCCUCUCGCAGAAGAGCAAGAGGACAUGUCAGUGCUGUCUGGAGUCAUUAAGCGGUCUGCGUCUAUCAUAUCUGACUCGGGCAUUGAGAGUGAGCCAAGCUCUGUUGCCUGGUCUGAGGCUCGAAGCCGGGCUCUGGAGUUACCUACUGACAGGGAAGUCUCACACCAGCUGGUUCGGAGACAUGCCCUCCACAGAAACUCCUUGGAGGGUGGGCCCACUGACAGCAACACCAGUCUGCCCAGUGGCACUCAGGCUUCUCUCACCUCCAUCAGCUCCUUGCCUUUUGAGGAGGAGGAGCGGGAGCUGGCACUCACCAAGCUAACCAAAUCCGUCUCUGCACCCCAGAUCAGUAGUCCCGAGGACACUGCAGAAGGCACUGGAGCCACGAAGGACCUGGGAGGCUUUGCUGCAGACUCGGACACAAGCAUCCAGGACAAGAGCUCCCCUGGGCACAGCUCUCACUCGUGUGGUGGCUCUGAGGCCCAGGAUUCCCUUGCAGACGUAGUUCUAAAUUCUGACAGACCUCAGGAUCCUGGGUACAUGGACGUCCCCAAAGGUAAAGGAAGUCAUUGUGAUCCUCAAGGACCCUGUUGUCUGGAUGGUAGGACUGAGAAUAUGCCAAGUGUUGAAACCAAAGGUCUUAACUUAAAAACACCACGUAUCAUAGCAACUGAAAGUCCGAGGACCCCGUCUCUCCAUCGAGCAGUAAUGGAAAACCCGAAGGGCAGACCAAAAGACUUAAGUGUGGGCAGACAUGCUCUCCCCAACAUCAGUGUCUUAGAGGCUGAAGGUGUGUUUCACCCCAAGGUGUCUGAAUUCAAUGGUGCCACAUCUGCAAAUGCCACAGACCUGAACUGUGAAGGUUCACAAAGCGGUUCCGCAUGUGGCAGGGCCACGUCAUCAGGUAGAAAGCCUGGUGCCUCCUUAGAGGGAAAGCAUGAAGCAGGCACUGUGUGCCCCACUGUGACUCACACCAUCACGCCCCAUGCGUCAAGAAACCAAGAGCUGAAGGCAAGCACUUCCAUCACGGGGUCCCACCUGACCUCCGCAGAGACCUUCACUCUGGACAGCCUGAAGGCUGUGGAGGUCGUCAACUUAUCUGUGUCUUGCACUGCCACAUGUCUCCCCUUCUCAUCUGUGCCCAAGGAGACCCCUGCCAGGGCUGGAUUCUCUACCAAACAGAACCCAGUUCCCAUCACUCAUCAACCUCUAGGCUCCUUUGGAGUCGUUUCUACUCAUGCCAGCAACUUGGAAGGAGAAAUCAGCGAAAGGAUGUUUAGUUUUUAUCAGGCCAAAGAAAAAUUUAAAAAAGAACUGAAGAUUGAAGGAUUUCUGUACAGUGACUCAUCUGUACUAGCUUCUGAUAUACCAUAUUUUCCACCAGAGGAAGAGGAAGAAAAUUUGGAAGAUGGGAUUCACCUUGUUGUCUGUGUCCAUGGCUUGGAUGGAAAUAGUGCAGACCUCCGGCUGGUAAAGACUUUCAUAGAACUGGGGCUCCCUGGGGGAAAACUGGACUUCUUAAUGUCUGAAAAGAAUCAGAUGGACACAUUUGCAGAUUUUGACACCAUGACGGACCGGUUGCUGGAUGAAAUCAUCCAACACAUUCAGCUAUACAACCUUUCCAUAUCCCGAAUCAGCUUCAUUGGCCAUUCUCUGGGCAACAUUAUCAUCAGAUCAGUCCUCACACGGCCCCGGUUCCGGUAUUACCUCAAUAAGCUCCACACAUUCCUGUCACUGUCUGGGCCUCACCUGGGGACACUGUACAACAACAGCACCCUGGUUAGUACAGGCUUGUGGCUCAUGCAGAAAUUGAAGAAGUCUGGGUCCCUUUUACAGCUGACCUUCAGGGAUAAUGCAGACUUGCGAAAAUGUUUCCUUUACCAACUAAGUCAGAAGACAGGGCUGCAGUAUUUUAAAAACGUUGUUCUGGUCGCUUCUCCCCAAGAUCGCUACGUGCCAUUCCAUUCAGCCAGGAUUGAAAUGUGUAAGACUGCACUCAGAGAUAGACACACAGGGCCAGUGUAUGCUGAAAUGAUCAACAACCUCCUGGGCCCUCUGGUGGAAGCCAAGGACUGCACUUUGAUUCGGCACAAUGUGUUCCAUGCGCUGCCCAACACUGCCAACACCCUGAUUGGUAGGGCGGCUCAUAUUGCCGUGCUGGAUUCAGAACUCUUCUUAGAGAAGUUUUUCUUAGUAGCAGGACUCAACUAUUUCAAGUAGAGGCUGCUAUGGGGCAGCUCAAUAACCGGCUGGAAGUGUCUAAGGUCAACUAAGCUCUUAGCUGGGACUUGCUUCUCCAGGCCUCUGCAUUCCAGGCUGCAGCCGCAGACGGAUGGAGGAUGUGGAGGGAUGAGGCUGGUGUGCAACUGGAUAAGAGAGAUGCUUUCAUUUUAGAUGUCUGGGAAAGCAGAAAAAUAAUGCCAAACACUCAAGUCUCAUUCAAGAUGCUUUCCAGGAAAAAAUAGUGAGGAAAAUGAGAAACCGAAUAUUUGGAGUUGGUGAGCUCACCUUUAUACUGGCUCACAGAGAAAUUGCUCCAACUUAACUAGAUCUGCUCAAUAUGUUACUAGCUCAUAGCUUUAUCAUUUUGAUGCAAUUAAGUGCACACAAACAUUUCAGAACUCAGGUUAAUCUCUGUGCAGAAGUGGAACAUGGUUGUGUAAAUAAAAUCCUCCACAGAUUCAAAUAUGCCACUUGUUCCAAAAAAAAAAAAAUGUAAUGCCCACACUCAUUCUCUCUUCAUGUUUUCUAAA